ACCGUCGCUGUCACCGUGUCAUUGUCAGUGUCACCGUGUCACCGUUGCUGUCGCCGUCACCGUCACUGUGUCACUGUCACCGUGUCACCAUCGCCGUCGCCAUGUCACCAUCACUGUCACGUCCGUGUCACCGUGUCACCAUCACCGUCACCAUGUCACCGUCCGUGCCACCGUGUCACCAUUCGCUGUCACCAUCGCUGCCACCGUCAGUGUCACCGUGCCACGGCCACCAUCACCCUGUCACCAUCACUGACACCCUCAGUGUCACUGUGUCACCAUCACUGUCACCAUGUCACUGUCACCAUGUCACUGUCACCGUCACUGUCACUGUGUCACCAUCGCCGUCACCGUUGCUGUCACCGUCAGUGUCACCAUGUCACCGCCAGUGUCACCGUACCACAACCACUGUCACCACCCCUGUCACCAUGUCACCGUCACCGUCAGUGUCACCGUGCCAACACCAGUGUCACCGCCACCGUCUCCAGUGUCACCAUCACAGCCACUGUCCCCACCGCUGCCCCCAGCGUCACCACCAGUGCCACCAGUAUCACCACGCCACAAACACUGCCACCACCAGUGUCACACCAGUGUCACCAUCACUGUCACCAGUGUCACCGUGCCACCACCAGUGUCACACCAGUGUCACCAUCACUGUCACCGUGCCACCACCAGUGUCACACCAGCACCACCAUCACUGCCACUGUCACACCAGUGCCACCAGUGUCACCACUGCUGUCACCACCACCAUUGUCACCACCAGUGCCACAGUGUCCCCAUGCCACAGCCACCAGUGCCACCAGUGUCACCACAGCUGCUGCCAGGGUCACCAUGCCACCACCAGUGUCACCAGUGUCACCACCAGUGUCACCAGUGCCACAACCACCAUCACCCCCGCCACCGUCCCCGGCCACCAUCGUCACUGUGACGUCACCAGCGUCACACCCCUCCCUCACUGCUCCUGUCCCUGGUGUCACCAGUGCCACCAUCACCAGUGUCCCCGGUGCCACCAUCACCAGUGCCACCAGUGUCACCAUCCUCACUGCCAUGACCACCAACAGUGCCACCAGUGCCACGUCACCAGUGCCACCAGUGUCACUGUCCCCACUGCCACCAGUGUCCCCAUCACUGCCACCACCAGUGCCACCAGUGUCACUGUCCCCACUGCCACCAGUGUCCCCAUCACCGCCAUCACCAGUGCCACCAGUGUCACUGUCCCCACUGCCACCAGUGCCACCAGUGUCACUGUCCCCACUGCCACCAGUGUCCCCAUCACCGCCAUCACCAGUGCCACCAGUGUCACUGUCCCCACUGCCACCAGUGUCCCCAUCACCGCCACCACCAGUGACACCAGUGUCACUGUCCCCACUGCCACCAGUGCCACCAGUGUCACUGUCCCCACUGCCACCAGUGUCCCCAUCACCACCACCACCAGUGCCACCAGUGUCACUGUCCCCACUGCCACCAGUGUCCCCAUCACCGCCAUCACCAGUGCCACCAGUGUCACUGUCCCCACUGCCACCAGUGUCCCCAUCACCGCCACCACCAGUGUCACUGCCCCCACUGCCACCAGUGUCCCCAUCACCGCCAUCACCAGUGCCACCAGUGUCACUGUCCCCACUGCCACCAGUGUCCCCAUCACCGCCACCACCAGUGUCACCAGUGUCACCACCAGUGUCACCAGUGCCACAACCACCAUCACCCCCGCCACCGUCCCCGGCCACCAUCGUCACUGUGACGUCACCAGCGUCACACCCCUCCCUCACUGCUCCUGUCCCUGGUGUCACCAGUGCCACCAUCACCAGUGUCCCCGGUGCCACCAUCACCAGUGCCACCAGUGUCACCAUCCUCACUGCCAUGACCACCAACAGUGCCACCAGUGCCACGUCACCAGUGCCACCAGUGUCACUGUCCCCACUGCCACCAGUGUCCCCAUCACUGCCACCACCAGUGCCACCAGUGUCACUGUCCCCACUGCCACCAGUGUCCCCAUCACCGCCAUCACCAGUGCCACCAGUGUCACUGUCCCCACUGCCACCAGUGCCACCAGUGUCACUGUCCCCACUGCCACCAGUGUCCCCAUCACCGCCACCACCAGUGACACCAGUGUCACUGUCCCCACUGCCACCAGUGCCACCAGUGUCACUGUCCCCACUGCCACCAGUGUCCCCAUCACCACCACCACCAGUGCCACCAGUGUCACUGUCCCCACUGCCACCAGUGUCCCCAUCACCGCCAUCACCAGUGCCACCAGUGUCACUGUCCCCACUGCCACCAGUGUCCCCAUCACCGCCACCACCAGUGUCACUGCCCCCACUGCCACCAGUGUCCCCAUCACCGCCAUCACCAGUGCCACCAGUGUCACUGUCCCCACUGCCACCAGUGUCCCCAUCACCGCCACCACCAGUGACACCAGUGUCACUGUCCCCACUGCCACCAGUGUCCCCAUCACCACCACCACCAGUGCCACCAGUGUCACUGUCCCCACUGCCACCAGUGUCCCCAUCACCGCCACCACCAGUGACACCAGUGUCACUGUCCCCACUGCCACCAGUGUCCCCAUCACCGCCACCACCAGUGACACCAGUGUCACUGUCCCCACUGCCACCAGUGUCCCCAUCACCACCACCACCAGUGCCACCAGUGUCACUGUCCCCACUGCCACCAGUGUCCCCAUCACCACCACCACCAGUGCCACCAGUGUCACUGUCCCCACUGCCACCAGUGUCCCCAUCACCGCCAUCACCAGUGCCACCAGUGUCACUGUCCCCACUGCCACCAGUGUCCCCAUCACCGCCACCACCAGUGACACCAGUGUCACUGUCCCCACUGCCACCAGUGCCACCAGUGUCACUGUCCCCACUGCCACCAGUGUCCCCAUCACCACCACCACCAGUGUCACCAGUGUCACUGUCCCCACUGCCACCAGUGUCCCCAUCACCGCCAUCACCAGUGCCACCAGUGUCACUGUCCCCACUGCCACCAGUGUCCCCAUCACCGCCAUCACCAGUGUCACCCCCACCAGUGCCGCCAGUGUCCCCCUGUCCCCCCCACCCGCCACACCCACCAGUGCCACCAGUGCCACUGUCCCGUGAUGACCCCGGUGACAUCACACGGGUGUCACCGGGGGGGGGGGGGGUCCCCGCGUGUGU